AUGUUUGAAAUUAUUUAUUAUAUAAUUGAUGAUUUAGAAGAAGUAUUAGAAGAACGUGAUAGAGUUAGAUAUGGAGAUUUACCAUUUAUUAAUAGGUUUGAUUUUAAUGAUAAGAAAUUUUCACCUGAAGAUGAUAAAAUUAAAUAUAUUAUUUGGCAAAUUGAAGUUGGUGAAAAUGGUAAACCUCAUAUACAAGGAUAUGUUCAAUUUGAUCAAUAUUUAGAACAUCGUUGUGAAGAAUGUAAAGAAAGUUGUAUUAGAAUUAUUUCUCAAGAUGAAACAAAAAUUUGUGAUUAUGAUUAUUCUUUAGUUGAUUUAAUUGGUCCUUUUGAAACAGGAGAUCCUGAAGAUCAUGUAUCUGAAGAAGAGAAAAAGAGAGAUCAAGAAAUAUUAGAAGAUGAAAUGUUAAUUGAUAUGAAAAAUAUUGAAUCUUUUGAUACAGAAGAUGAAGUUCCAGUUGAUGUUAAAUUUGAUUCUGAUGGAACUAAUAUUGCUACGAUGUAUAAUAUAUUUAAUUCGAAUUAUGAAUUUGAAAAAAUAUUUAAUAAUUUUGAGGAAAUGGGAAAUUAUGAAAGAGAAGGAAUAAUUCGUCGUACUUUUAUUGAUGAUAGUUUAUCAGAAGAAGAAUUAGAAAAAUGGAAAGAGAAAUUUAAUAAGUUUGAAUUUGACGUUAGGUUUUCUGAUAAUGUUAAUUUAACAGAAGCUCAAAAAUAUGAAUUUAAUUUAGGGAAGGAAGAUAUUUCUGAUAUUGUGAAAAGAACUUUUGACGAAAUUGAUGAUAACAAUGAUCAUUCAAGGACAAGCCAAGUUCUAUGUCCUCCGCCAUUAAUGGUAGAAGGAGCAUUAGUCAAUGAGGAUGAUACGGUCUGUAAUUUAAUUGGUAUUAAUACUAAAUCAAUUAGAUUAAUAUCAUUACAAAG